GUUGGUUAAUCUGUAUUCGGAUGUUUUACCGAUAAAACAUACAGAGUACGGUGAUACUUUAUUUUACACUGUGAUCGUUGUGGCAUAUAGUGAAGUUUUUAAAAAUGAAAUUUUUCCUAUUACUCGCUGUACUCUGCGCAGUACGAGCCGAAGAAUCUGAAAACAGCCAACAACAACAGCAACAACACCAGCAAGCCUUCCAAAUCGUUCUAGUCGACAAUAGAGAUUCUCAAUCCCAAUCUUCAGAAUCCGAAUCGUCUGCCGAGCAAAAACAAUUAAAACGUAGUUUAGAACAUUCAUCCGGAUGGGUACCCUCAUCCGGCCCAAGCGGUUUCGCUUUACCGGCUGAAGCAGCCUACGCUGCAGGUCCAGCACCAUUAGGAUUAGCUGCUGUAUCCGAACCCCUUCUUGCCGCUGCCGGAGCACCAAUCGCUGUCUCUGGUCCAGCCGCAGGUCCCGGUUUAUUCGCCGCUGCCGGUCCGGUUGCUGUCUCAGGUCCAGCUGCAGCUCCUGGUCUCUACACUGAAGCCAAUUUGGUCGACUCUGGCGCCUAUGGUAGUGGAUAUGCUCCGACUUACGCCAGCCUCGCAGCACCAUCCGGUCCUCACAUUCAUUACGCUCCAUCCGGUCCGCACGUGCAUUUAGGAGGCGAACAAUUAGUAUCUCAACGUAUCGAAAUCACCAGACCAGUACCAGUUCCAGUAUACAAAACUGUAGCCGUCCCAGUUCCUCACCCAGUGCCAUACGCUGUACCUCAACCUGUCGCCGUGAAAGUCCCACAUCCAGUCCCAGUCGAAGUUCCUGUAGCUGUUCCAGUCGUCAAGCACAUUCCUUACCCCGUAGAAAAACCCGUACCUUUCCCCGUUGACAAACCAUACCCCGUAAAAGUCAUCAAGAAAGUCCCCAUCCACAUUCCCAAACCUUACCCAGUCCAUAUUCCAAUCAUCAUCAAAAAGCACAUCCACCAUUACGAAACCAAACACUCAAAAUGGGGAGGUUGGGAUUAAAUACAUACCAAAUCUGAUUAGAAUUGGUUUUUGAGACUGCCAUAAAAAUAAGUAUCUAGGUAAAUUUUCUCUUUGUGUGAGUGUGUGUGUUUGUACAUUUUUUUUUUCAUUUUAUUAUUUUUUUUCCUCGAUGUUUCGCUAUACUACUACCUAUUUGGGGUGACUUUCGAUGUUUAUUUUAAUCCUAACCACGAGACAAGCUUUAGGAAAAAUUUCAUAAGUCACCUUUUUUUUUUAUACCAUAAAAGCGCUGUGACUCGAAAAAAAUCUCACCAUAUAUACAAACGGUGAGAUUACUCAGAAUUAUAUAAUACAACAUUUCGUACGAAAUUCAUAACGAAAGACUUUUUCUUCGGGUACAAUAGAAUUUCCAUUUUUGUAAUUUCAUCAACUUUCACAACAUAUUAUGUUGCUUCGUAUAUAAGAAGUAUUUAAAGCUCGACAUCAUCGCUGCUUUGAGUUUUUUCUCAUUGCAACUUUUUACCAUUCGUGUAAUUUUUUUCUUUCUUUUCGCGACGAUAACAAAAAACGUAUUCUUUCAAAAAGUACUUAUACUAUGUACGAGAGAAAUACUCGAAUAAAAAGGGGUAAAAAUAACGUAAAAGAAUUUCUAGGUAUCUAAUAUAUCUUUACAAUGAAUUCAUUAACUCGUAGUCUAUUUUUGUUGAACUCUAUGUCAACGAUGAUUCUCGUAUCUGUAUAUCUAUACCCAUGAAACGAAUCGUCAGCGAGAUUGAAUUUCAUUUAAAUUUCAUUCUAAAGGGUUAAAACUCUAUCGAAUACAUCUACACCUACCUCAUCAUCAUUCUCUACUGUUUUAUAGUUUUUUUUGUACUCGUAGGUAGAUAAGUACCUACGUUACCUACCAAUUUACGAAAGAAUAUUUUUUGAGUUAUUUUUAGCACAUAAGAACGUUAAAAUUCGUGUAUUUUAUUUUCCUUUCGUCCUUUUUUUUCUCCCCGUUGAAGCUCAAUAAAAUGUACUUUUACUUUGUUAAUGUAAUUCUAAGAAUGUUUCAACUUACCUACCAAAAAGUUUUUAAUACAUUUUUAUGAUUUUUCAA